CACACACUUUGGUUUCAUUGACUAGUCGUUAAACCUCUCCCUCUUUAAUUCAUUUCAUCAUCAGUUACUGUUACACUUUCUCCUCCUUCAAGACUUGUUCUUCCUUUAAUUUCUCUCUUCUCCAACUUCCUCUGUCUCUCUCUCUUUCCAUUUUUUCAUCCACCCCCUUAAUUUUUAUCAUAUAAAUCACUCUUUUCUUUCUCACUCUCCAUGUUAAAAAAAUGGAAGGAAAAUUUUCACAAAGUAUCAAGAAGUGUGUAGUCCACAAGUCUAUCAAUACUAAGCAUGAGAAUAAGUUGACUCCAAAAGUUGUUCGGAUUUGUUAUACUGAUUGUGAUGCUACUGAUUCUUCAAGUGAUGAUGAUUUUGAUGAUAAAGAGAGAAAAAGAGUCAAAAAAUAUGUUACGGAGAUAAGGCUUGAAAAGAAAGUGUCGCAUGGAGAUGUGAAAAAACCAUCAAAUUUGAGUGAAAAGAAGAAAAAGAUGAUGGAUGUGAAGACAAACGAAAAUGUUAAGAAAUUUCGUGGGGUUAGGCAGAGGCCAUGGGGAAAAUGGGCAGCAGAGAUUCGAGAUCCCGUGAAAAAGACUCGAAUUUGGUUAGGCACUUUUGAAACUGCUGAAGAAGCUGCUAUGGUUUAUGAUCAAGCUGCUAUUCAAAUACGCGGUCCUGAUGCUUUGACUAAUUUUAUGAAGCCGCCAGUGAAGAAAGAAAGUGUGAUCACUUCAGUGUCGGAUUAUGAUUCUACAGGGGAGUCUGAAAAUCUUUGUUCUCCUACCUCUGUUUUGAGGCACAAUGACAAUAAUGUUGGUGUUACUGCUACUAAAAUAGCUACCAAUGAAGAGAUGAAGGAUGAUCGGAAAAGAAUGGAAUUUGCUAUGCGAAAUGAUCAAAAUGGGAUUUUGUUAGAUGAUAAUUUGCCAUUAAUGGAUCAGUGUUUUCUUAAGGAUUUUUUCGAUUUCAGGUCUCCUUCUCCAUUAAUGGAUGAUGUUUUGCCAGUAUUUUGCGAUGAUAUCGAUUUUCCAAAUGUGGAUUUUUUAGAUGGAAAUGGAAUUUUGGAUGAAGAUUUGGAGUCAUGUACGUGGGAUGUAAAUGAUUUCUUGGAAGAUCAUUGUUGUUGAUGGCCAUGAAGAAAUAAUGGAAGUGAGAGUAGAAAGUAAAUAUUGUUUUUUGGGUAAGUGAUUAGAUUUUUUGACGGACAUGUUUAACAUGUAAGGAAAGUUUUUAGUGGAAAUUCUUGGUGCAUAAGUAUGAUUUGGUUCAAUUAAUC